AUGGGUAUAUUUGAAGUGUUCGGCUUGGGUCGCAAAAUAAACACGUUACCUAACGAUGUUAAAGCUGCAAUUGAAUCAAAUAUUGAAAUAUGUGAGAGGGAUUGUGGAUCGUGUACGGAUCCUGAAUUAGAAAAAGACCAAGCUGUCUUUGACAAGUUUAAAUUGGAUAGAGAAACAUCCCUUUUCGGAUCUUCGAAGGUUCCAAGUGCAAACUUUAUUGUGCCGACUUCUCGGAUGGAUUGGGUUCAUGAUGCAUGCUCAGAAAAGAAGGGAUCAGUUCAGGAUUGUAUUUCAAAGUGGGUUGCUCGUCACAAUGAUGGAAAGGAAAGCUCCAUGCAAUGUAACGUUUCAUCUCUCCCAUUAGAUAUUAUGGAUGUGGAGGUUUUGCGUGGGAAGAAAAAUACAGUGCUUGUAUUGCCUCACUUCAUUAAAUUGGUUGGAAUUACAAGUGAUAAUGUCGAUUCAAUCCUUGAUGAAAUUGCGCCCAUGUUAAUUGAAGGAGAUGUAGACUCUUUAUUAAAAAAGGACUAUAUUGAGGACUGCAAUGAAAGCUCUUUUGUUUUCUUGUGUUCGCAUACUACACGGGAUAAGCGAUGCGGGAAGUCUGCUCCCAUUCUACGGAAGCAUUUCAAUACAAAUCUACAACAUCAUCAUUUGUAUCGCGAAGAUUCGGACUUCAGACGUGGUGGUUGUAGGGUUGCAUAUAUAAAUCACGUAGGAGGGCAUAAGUUUGCAGCAAACGUGCUCAUAUAUCUACGAAAAUCACGAACGUUGGUUUGGCUUGGUCGUGUGACACCACUUCAUGUCAAGAGUAUUGUAGACGACUUAAUUGUACCUGAAGUGCCAAGAUUACCCAACCCUGAGAACGUUCGUUGUGUUAAGAAAUAUGAUUUUUAG